AUGAAGGAUAGCAUCAUCAACCCGCCGGAGAAGGACCUGAAUUCGAUCAUGACUGUAGCUGACCAAGGUCAGGGAGGUCUCGAGGAAAAAAAACGAUCAAAUUCGACCACUCAGUCGUCGAUUGCUCUGACAAAGGACAAUCCUGCCAUCACGACUCCCAAGCGCAUCAGCAAGCGAAACCCUUCAAAAACCGCCAAAGAUGGCGCAAUGAACGGUCGCUUGCUCCUCCCAUCUGAAGUUGCCCAAGGUCAGGUUGGCCUCACGGCCAAAGCUCGAUCGCACACCAGUCCCUCGUCGAUCGCUCUCACCAAGGAUAAUCCCAAUCCAACGAUUACCAAGAGUCAACGCAAGCAACCCCUCCCUUCCAAAACCGCCGAGGAUGGCGCAGUGCAAGGACGGCCGCUCGUUGCCUUCAACAAGAACCUCAAGGUGUCCAAGUUCCACAGGCUCUACAAGAAGGCGUGGAGGAAAGAGGUUUUCGGAAACCAGGCAUUUAUUACUUGGUCUUCCCGCACGGCGGAAUACUCUGGUCGGGCAAUCUCCAAAUGCCCUGGCUGGUGGGCCGACGUCAACAUGGAUCCAUCUUCCGACGCCCAAACCUACGACGACAUCGCUGCGUUCAUCCUGACCGGCCUGAAGGCAUACGACCCAUCACUCGGCGGUUCGAUGCCACAGCUUCGGUCCAGCAUGCAGAAUCUGUUCUCCCUUGGAGAUCUCAAAGAUGCCGACGAUGACGAAGGUUCCUGGGCCCUUCGCGAGUACUUUCUUCGUCUCGCGACACAGUGCCCCACGGUUGUGUUUGAUCUUGCAACGGCCCAACGCGUUAUCACUACGGACGAAAAGUCGCCUUGCUUUUGGGAAUUUUCGCUCGUGUUCGACCCGACAUUAAUUGUUCAACGCGCCGAGCCGUUGACGUGGAUGUGGCUAGCGGCAGCCGAAUUUGUUGCCCAUCCUUGGACUGGCCCUGCGAUCAUUCCUCCCAUUGUGGAGGAAUUCGAGCGACUAGAAAGAGAGUCGAAAAUAUCCAAGGCUCAGUCCAAGUCUAAGAAGCGCCCUGCAUCGACUCCAGAGAAUCCAAAAGGUGCCAAGGCACACGAUUCGCGCCCGUCCCCCUCUGUCCAGAUGCAAACGGAACUGACGCCACCAAAGGGUUGUUCCCAACCCUUCCAACGAACUCCACCUUCAGAUGCCACUCCUCCUCGCCAACAAGUGAUCCUGUCUGACGCCGUCCACGUCAUUGCCGGCACCCCAACAGGAACACAGGAAGCCAGUCUUCCAGCUGACGACGUCGCGGUAGCCAACACCCACCGUGGGAGGACCAGUGCGGAAAACGGAGCAGAGGAACACAAUAGUGCCCCGACCUACAGGGACACUGUUGCCGCUCUCCCCGCUCCCACGGUUCCUCUCACCACCGACGAACGAUUGAUGCGCCUUCUCGCUGUCCAUUGGAAUGCAUCUCCCUUUCGGCACAUUACCAUCUUCAAUG